UUUUCUUUUGUUAUGGAUGCAACUAAACCAUCUCUCGCUAUUUUGUGUUGCCUCAUCUCCGUAAUCUCUGUUGUUUCGGAAAGCCCAUAUAGGUUCUUCAACUGGAACGUCACAUUUGGAAACAUCUCCCCUCUCGGGCCCCCCCAACAGGGGAUUCUGAUCAAUGGGAUGUUUCCGGGGCCAGAUAUCUACGCGGUCACCAACGAUAACCUUAUAAUCAACGUAUACAAUAGCUUGAAUGAGCCAUUCCUUAUCUCAUGGAAUGGAGUGCAACAGAGAAAGAACUCGUGGGAGGACGGAGUGUAUGGGACAAACUGCCCGAUACCGCCGGGCGCGAACUUUACGUACAAGUUGCAGGUGAAGGACCAGAUCGGCAGCUUCUUCUACUUCCCCUCCCUCGCCUUCCACAAGGCUGCAGGCGGCUUCGGCGGUAUCCGUGUCCUGAGCCGCCCGCUGAUCCCCGUCCCGUUCCCGCCGCCUGCCGACGACUUCACCGUGCUCAUUGGGGACUGGUUCAUGAAAAACCACACGGAUUUGAAAGCAAUACUCGACAGCGGAAACAACCUACCAUCCGCGAAUGGCGUUCUCGUCAACGGCCGCGGCCCUGGCGACUCGAUUUUCACUGUUGAACCAGGCAAGACUUACAGGCUUCGGAUUUCGAACGUCGGGUUGCAGAGCACGCUCAACUUUCGGAUCCAAGGCCACAAGAUGAAGCUGGUGGAGGUGGAAGGGAUCCACACCAUCCAGAACGUGUACUCCUCGCUGGACGUUCACGUCGGCCAGUCCAUGUCGGUGCUCGUCACCGCCGACCGCCCUCCUCGCGACUACCACAUCGCCGUCUCGACCCGAUUCUUGAACCCCAUCCUCUCCGGCUCCGCCAUUCUCCACUACAGCAACUCGCGGGAGACGGUGUCGGGCCCGCUCCCUAUUGGGCAGCGGUAUCGGAUCGAUUGGUCGCUCAAUCAAGCUCGUUCGAUCAGGACGAACCUAACGGCUAGCGGGCCCAGGCCGAACCCGCAGGGGUCGUACCACUACGGCUCGAUCAACGUCACCCGUACGAUCCGGAUCGCGAACUCCAAGUCAACGGUCAACGGCAAGGAGCGGUAUGCGGUCAACGGCGUGUCCUUCGUCGACGCGGACACCCCGCUGAAGCUCGCCGACUACUUCAACAUCUCCGGCGUCUUCCGUGUCGGGAGCAUCCCCGACGCUCCCCCCGCGGCUUCGCCGGUUCGACUUGACACCGCCGUCAUGCACGGCGACUACCACGCAUUCGUGGAGAUCGUGUUUGAGAACACAGAGUACGUCGUGCAGAGCUGGCACCUCGACGGUUAUAACUCUUUUGUCGUCGGGAUGGAUUUAGGGAAAUGGAGUCCCGCGAGUCGCAAAGGUUACAACCUUGUGGAUGCAAUAUCGCGUUGCACCGUUCAGGUGUAUCCACAAGGAUGGACGGCGGUAUAUGUUUCCCUCGAUAACGUCGGCAUGUGGAACCUCCGGUCGGAGAUAUGGCAACGCCGGUAUCUGGGGCAGCAGUUCUAUCUCCGCGUCUACACUCCGUCUCAUUCGUAUAGAGACGAGUUACCGAUCCCCGCGAACGCACUUCUCUGUGGAAGGGCUAAACCUCUCCUGCUGUAGCGGACACACGUUAAGCAAGUACAAAUCUUAGGAGAUUGUUUUCAUAAGACAUGAUACAAUUUAGUUUGGUUUGCGAAUGGUGAAUAUUUGUUAGUA